UCUUCACUCCAGGCUUCUCAACUUUUUCUGCUGCUUCCGACGUUGUUUGUCUCCCUCAGCUGCUUAUCCCCAAACGGCUAAUCCCAAAACAAACUUUACCAAUUUACUCUCUCUCUCUCUCUCUCUCUUAAAAAUGACUAAAAAUGGACGGUCAUCUGAAGUUCAUGUGGUUCCUUUCAGAUGGUUUAAAUAGUCUAGCAGGCUUUGCUGUCUGCAGUAGCUGAGAAGGCAAGAGUUGCAGAGAUGGGCUCAAGGGCUGCAUGUUGCUUUAUCUUCCUACUCUUCUUGAUCCAAAGAGAUGCUUUUGGUUCAGAGAUCUCUUCUCUUAGUCGAUCAACCUCGAGGAAAUCUGGCUCAGAUGCUAAUUACUUAGUUCCUCCAGGCGCAAGAAACAUCCAGAAUGAACUCAAUUCCAUGGAGAAGAGACGUCAAUUGGUUGUUAUAUCUCAUGAUACCACUCCCACCACAACAACGCCAUUCAUAUCGCCUUCAACAACCCCCACUACCACACCCACGAGCUUCUCGCCCACAACCUCAGGUAGCCUGAAGUGGUGCAUUGCCAGUCCAUCAGCAUCACAGAAAGCCUUGCAAGUUGCUCUGGACUAUGCCUGUGGCUACGGUGGUGCAGAUUGUUCAGCUAUUCAGCAGGGGGGAAGCUGUUAUAAUCCUAACACACUCCAAGAUCAUGCUUCAUAUGCUUUCAAUAAUUAUUAUCAGAAAAACCCAGUUGAUAGCAGCUGUAACUUUGGAGGGACUGCUGUUCUGACAACAGAAAAUCCAAGCUCAAUAACGUGCAUUUAUCCCUCAACAUCAUCAGCAACAGCAACAACGCCACCAUCGCCUCCAACACCAACAAUACCAACACCAACACCACCAACCAUACCAACACCAAUAUUACCAACACCAAUGGCACCAACAUUACCUACACCAGUGACACCAAUAUUACCAACGCAGACACCACCGUCGAUACCAACAGGUCAGACAACAACACCACCAACAAGCUUUGGUUUUCCUCCAUUAAAUAAUACCAACCCAACUGGAAGUACAGAUUUUGGAUCAGGUUCUCCACUUUCUUAUGCCACAGUUGCAGCACAUGUUCCAACGAGAUUACUCUUCUUGUCAAGCUUAAUAUGUCUGCACAGGCUGCUUGGUUGAAAUUUUCAGAGGAAUUAAGCCUUUUCAACAGUCUGGUAUCAUUGAAUUACUCACCUACUGAGCUUUCUGCCCAAACUGGUAGAAGCAGCCAAAUUUGAUCUCUUGCUGUAGAGAAAAAAAACGGGUUCACUGUUUUCACGGAGCUUCAAUGGUGGGAAUGGAGAAGCGGAAGGAUCAGAUGUCAAUAUGGUAUUAGAAUUUGUAUCAUAAGUUAUCCUAGAAUAAACCUACUAGAGAAGUAUUUGACAGCAUAGUGAGAAAGUAUUUUGUUUCAUAUUUGAACUGUAUGUUACCUACAUUUUAAAUAGUUUUCUUCUCUUAUUAAUUGCUCAUGACCAACAACUGUAUCAUGGGAAAAUCAUGGUAAUUAGACACUGAGCUCAUAGGGAAAGAAGCGGUACGUUCUUUGUUGAGUGUUUUCA